GGGCAAAGAGCGGGUGGGACCGCCUUCCUGCCUCCAGGGGGCAGCGGCCGCGCUCUGGUCGCUUCGUGGUCAGCUCGGCGCCCGCGCCGCUCUUCCUGUCGCUGGGAGUGGCGGGCCGACCAGCGGGCGGCCCGGGCCGGCGGUCGCCAUUCCUGUGUCGCUGCGCCCGCGGGCGCCGCCCGAGCCCGCCACGAUGCCCCUGGGCCUGAAGCCUACCUGCAGCGUCUGCAAGACCACGUCGUCCUCCAUGUGGAAGAAGGGCCCGCAGGGGGAGAUCCUCUGCCACCACUGCACUGGCCGGGGCGGCGUGGGCGCCGGCGCGGGGGCGGCUGGCGGGACGGGUGGCAGCAGCGGCGGUGGCGGCUUCGGCGCGGCGACCUUCGCCAGCACCUCGGCUGCCCCUCCGCAGAGCAACGGGGGCGGGGGCGGCAAGCAGAGUAAACAGGAAAUUCACAGGAGGUCUGCUCGGCUCAGAAACACUAAAUACAAAUCUGCUCCAGCUGCUGAAAAGAAAGUUUCCACUAAAGGAAAAGGGAGAAGACAUAUUUUUAAAUUAAAAAAUCCCAUCAAAGCUCCUGAGUCUGUUUCCACCAUAAUCACUGCAGAAUCGAUCUUCUAUAAGGGAGUGUAUUAUCAAAUUGGAGACGUUGUUUCUGUGAUUGACGAACAAGAUGGAAAGCCCUACUAUGCUCAGAUCAGGGGCUUCAUCCAGGACCAAUAUUGCGAGAAGAGUGCAGCGCUGACGUGGCUCAUUCCCACCCUUUCGAGCCCCCGGGGCCAGUUUGAUCCUGCGUCCUAUAUCAUCGGACCAGAGGAGGAUCUUCCAAGGAAGAUGGAAUACUUGGAAUUUGUAUGUCAUGCACCUUCUGAAUAUUUCAAGUCACGUUCAUCACCGUUUCCCACAGUUCCUACCAGACCAGAGAAGGGCUAUAUAUGGACUCAUGUCGGACCUACUCCUGCGAUCACUAUUAAGGAAACCGUUGCCAACCAUUUGUAGUUUAGAGAGUAAAACGUAUUUCCGGUUAUGUUGGAUUCAUACUGCUAUAAGACAUGCCAUGUUUCCUUCAUGAAAUUCCUACAUGGAAGGAAGACUAAGAAGUUUUUCCCUAGUACCCAGUAACCAGUAACUUGUUUAUUACUAGUCAUUGGAAACUGAAAAUGGUAACAAGGAAUUAAAUGACAGGCAAAGACUGUAAUUUCCAGGGAGACCAUUAAGAACAGGUAGUAUCUAUUUUUCUCUGUGAUUUAUUUCUAGAAACUUACUAAAUGGAUUGUAUUUUUCUACAAGAACAAAAUAGUAAUUAAGGUUUAGAUUUCUGACCCCAGGACUUAAUCAGAUCAAAUGUAGCUAUAACCAACUGUGUCUAUCACAAAGUUACACAAGCUUUAUUUUCUCAUCUGGAAAAUGCUAGAUAGACUGUUGGCCACUUUAAAGAAAGUGACUGGUGGAUGACUGUAUCAGCCUGGGCUUUUAAAAACUUUAUUCUAUAGCAGAUGGAUUCAGAAAUAUUUUUUGAUCUUAACAGAGCUGCUCCUUCCUCAUUGUUUUUACCUCCCUUUCUCAAACUGAGGCUUCGGGUCAAACCGUAAAAUUUUGUAGAGCAGUCAACUUCACGCAAAGCACACAGGAGACACGUAGUGUUCAGGCAUCCCACUUGGUAGUUUCGUGACCACUAUUAGAACAGCCAUUUGGCAGUCAUAAAAAUGAUUAAUGGGCCAUAAGCAUUUAAUAUCUUUAAAAAGUCUACCUAAGGUUAAACCAUCUGCUAUAGACUCAUAGUAACAGGCCUAAAACAAAGUUUUAGACUUAAAAGCCCUGUUUUCUAUGAAAUUGUCCACAAUUCAGGUAUAUCAAGUGCAGGUCAGCUAAGUAAGAGAAGAACAAUGUGAAAAUGGGAAGAAGUAGGGCCCAUACAUCUUGCUUCUUCUUCUAUCGGGACUUAACCAGCAUUUUUCAAUUCCAAGAAAAUUUGUCAGAAUCUUAUUUAAUCAUAAUGAUUUUUGAGUUGUAGCAGUUUUAACUUCACAUUUUUCUACACAGUGAUGGUUUGUAUGUUAGAAGCAAGCAACUGUAGAUAGCUCUAUGUGCAUAGUUAUCUCCAUAAAAGUUACAGUAAAAUUUAUUGUAAAUACUAUUGUAAAUAGCUAAGUGCCAAUAUUCAAACUUUUGGAUUAAAAUGUAUUUUUCAUAUUGUA